AUGCUUUUCAAUUUUUACAAUAAAACUUCGGCUGCUUGUAAAUCUUUACCCGCUAAAGCUUUAUCGAACGUUAGAUAUUUCCAAACCUCUCCUAUAUCGAGAAAAAUGCCACUUCCACCUGUUCUUGAAUCACGUCGUCCCAAAGAAUCUCCGGAAUUCGACUAUUCUACACUUUCCAAUUACAAGUCUUUCAAGGUAAAGCAUUCACAGUUGGAUGUUAGCGUUGAUUUCAAAAAGAAAACCAUUAGUGGUUCUGUCUCUUACGAGAUUGAAAAGGUGAAGAAGGAUGAAAACACUAUCAAGUUGGAUACUUCUUACUUGAAGAUCUCUAAAGUCAAAGUGGAUGAUGAAGACGACGUGAAGUUUAAAUUGUUAGAAAGAAAACAUCCAUUGGGUGCUCAGUUAAUUGUUAGUCCAUCUUCUUUGCCGGAAAUAUUCCAUUUGUGCUUACAAUUUUCGACAACUGCAGACUGUACAGCAUUGCAAUGGCUUGAUGAACACCAAACAUCUGGGAAACCGUACGUUUUCUCUCAAUUGGAAGCCAUCCAUGCGAGAAGUCUAUUCACAUGUUUUGAUACCCCAAGUGUAAAAUCUACAUAUCUCGCCAACAUCAAGUCUGAAUUACCAGUUGUGUUUUCGGGUAUCCAAACAGGUUACGAUGAUUCUACUAAGGUCUACUCUUUCAAGCAAGAAGUACCAAUUCCAGCAUAUUUGAUCGGUAUCGCAUCAGGUGAUUUGGCCAGCGCUGAUAUUGGUCCUCGUUCCAAAGUUUACGUGGAACCUUAUCGUUUAAAGGACGCCCAGUGGGAAUUUGAUGGUGAUGUUGAAAAAUUCAUUACCACUGCUGAAGACAUCAUUUUCAAAUACGAAUGGGGCACCUACGACAUUUUGGUGAACCCAAACUCAUACCCUUAUGGUGGAAUGGAAUCUCCAAACAUGACAUUUGCCACACCGACUCUAAUUGCCCAUGAUAAGUCGAACAUCGACGUUAUCGCACAUGAAUUGGCACAUUCAUGGUCUGGUAACUUGGUCACAAACUGUUCCUGGGACCAUUUCUGGCUAAAUGAAGGUUGGACAGUGUAUUUAGAAAGAAGAAUCACUGGUGCUAUUCAUGGUGAAGCUACCAGACAUUUCAGCUCGUUGAUUGGUUGGAAUGAUUUGGAAGGUUCUAUUUCUGCUAUGCAGAACCCUGAAAGGUUCAGUUGCUUGGUCCAAAAUUUGAAGGAUGGUACCGAUCCUGAUAAUGCAUUUUCGACAGUCCCUUACGAAAAGGGCUCUAACCUACUAUUCUACCUAGAGAAUCUGUUAGGAGGUAAAGAGGUAUUUGAUCCAUUUAUCAAGCACUACUUUACCAAAUUUGCACGUCAAUCUCUAGAUACAUGGCAAUUUUUGGAUGCUUUGUUCGAGUUCUUCCAUGAUAAACGCGAGAUAUUGGAAUCUGUGGACUGGCAAACGUGGCUCUUUACCCCUGGUAUGCCACCUAAACCAAAGCUAAUCACUGACUUGGCGGAUGAUGUGUAUGCAUUAGCAAAUAAAUGGAUUGCAAGUGCACAGAAAUUCACAGAAAGAGAGCAAUUCGAAAAGGAAUUCUCCAUCAAAGAUAUCUCGGAGUUUUCUUCCAACCAAAUCGUCUUGUUGCUAGACACACUAGUUCAAGGUGGGAUGCCAGAAAAGGAUACUUUCAAAUGGUCCAACUACCCUGAAGCUUCUGAAAUCUUCACCGAUAUCUACGAAGAUAAGAUCUCCAAGUCCCAAAACGCAGAAGUUAUCUUUAGAAACUACAGAUUACAAGUGAAAUCUCACAUCACAUCAUCAUACCCGGAACUAGCGGAGUGGCUAGGUACUGUUGGUAGAAUGAAGUUCGUCCGUCCAGGAUACCGUUUAUUGAACGAAGUGGAUCGUGAGUUGGCUAUCAAAACGUUCCACAGAUUCAGAGACUCAUAUCAUCCCAUCUGCAAAUCUCUCGUAAAGCAAGAUUUGGGCAUCUAA